UGGGUGCAAAAAAAAAAAAAAAAAAUCACAUAUAUAUACGUGAUUCGCGCUCCCGCGGUGUUCUCGCUCCUCCCAGAUAGCGUCAGUUUGCGCGGAACAUGCACACCUGCUUGUGCGCGCUCCCUGGGAGCGUGCAGCACCGCGAUCCGAUGCCUGCUGUGUCCUCCGGACACAGUGAAACAUCGAUCGUCGGACGGGACCUCUGUACGAGGUCCCGAUCAUGUGAUCACUGAUUGGCCAAUCAGUGAUCACAUGCAAAGUAGUAAGCAAGAUGUCACUUCU